UUGUAAACAAACCGCUCCACACGUGUGUUAUUUAUUUAUAUUGAAAAUAAUUUAAUUUUUAAAGCCCCAGAUGGCCAGUAACUUUGAGCUUCUUAGCGAGCAGGGCCUGCGACUGGACGGACGUCGUCCGCAUGAGCUGCGCCACAUCAAGUGCAAACUGGGCGUCUUUGAGCAGCCCGAUGGAAGUGCCUACAUGGAACAGGGCAACACCAAGGUCCUGGCCGCCGUUUAUGGACCUCACCAAGCCAAGGGCAAAAAAACGGAAUCCAACGAUGUGAUCAUCAACUGUCAAUACAGCCAGGCCACUUUCUCCACGGCGGAGCGGAAGAAUCGGCCGCGAGGCGAUCGCAAAUCUCUGGAGUUCAAGAUGUAUUUGCAGCAGGCACUCAGUGCGGCUAUCAAAUCGGAGUUGUAUCCCCGCUCCCAGAUAGACAUAUACGUGGAAGUGCUCCAGGCCGACGGAGCCAACUAUGCGGUGGCCCUGAACGCGGCCACUCUGGCCUUGAUCGAUGCCGGAAUAUGCCUGAACGAGUUCAUUGUCGCCUGCACAGCUUCACUGAGCAAGUCGAACAUCCCGCUAACGGACAUUUCGCACUUUGAAGAGGUAUCCGGCGGACCCAAGCUGACCGUAGCUGCCUUGCCCACAGCCGAGAAGAUCGCCUUUCUUGAGAUGAGCGAGCGGUUCCACAUUGACCAUUUGGAGACCGUCAUCGAGACAGCGAUGGCCGGUUGCCGUGAAAUCCGAGAUAUACUGGAGGCGGCAGUCAAGGAACACCUGCUACACAUGGGCAGUGCAGCCGAUUGGGCCAGAGUUUGUUGAAAUAAAGUAGUAGUUUCCUUCCAUGA